AUGGCCAUCGCGAGCAUCAGCGACCACUCACUGCCGCUGCGCACCCUCAACGACGCCAGCAAGCUCAGGAACGUUGGUCCCGCCAUCCAGCGCCAGCUCAAGGCGUUCUUCGCCACCCACAAGCCCGCCGCCCGCCCCCGCACACCCACCCCGCCCGCCAAUAGCGUGCCGCCAGCUGGCAUCGACCCGGGCAUGGCGGUGGGCGGAGGGGCGCUGGACAUGGGUCCCGUGGGAGGUGAUGACGUGGCACAUGCAAUGGACCAAUCAGCAGCGCCCGUGCCGGACUCCAUCCCGCGCAAGCCGCCCAAAUACUCCCCCAAGCGCGGCUCUGCCGCCUUCGCCAUCCUCGUCACCCUCCUGCUGGAGAAGGUGAAGGGGCGGCAGGCGGUGCCAGUGGCGGAGCUCAUGGCCGCCUCCAGGGACGAAUCCCUGCUCGCCUCCGUCAUCAGGUUCACGGUGCCCGCGGACGACCGCAGCUGGGGGGGGGCGCCGCUGCAGCAGUUUGCAUGCGGGUGGAGCAGCAUGGAGACGCUCGCCAAGCACCACCUCGUCGUCAAGACCGCCCACCCGCCCAGCUAUGCGCUGUCAGAGGAGGGCCACGGCGUGGCGGUGGACUGCCUGCGCCGCUCCAAGAUGCCUCUGCCGCCCGCUGCUGCUGCCCUGCUGCCAGCAGCGGCGGACAGCGGAGGUGCACCAGUGGGCAGACAG